CGGUAUCUGUUCCCAGCGCUUCUUCAAAGUCUUUCGCUGACAAACCAUUCUCUCUGUCUUCCUUUCUCUCUGUUCGUUCCUUUGCCACUCACAAGGGAAAAUCACGAUGCGACCAUCAUAUCCUUUGGCCUGCCUGGCCGCCCUUGGUCCCGAAGGCGUUCUGCCGCAUGGGAUUCCUUCCUCCCAGUGCCUAUGUCUCCCUGGGGAGCCGUGCUGGCCAGUGCCGGAGACCUGGUCAGCCUUGAACGCCACUGUCGGCGGAGCGCUGGUGGAGACGAUUCCCAUUGGUCACCCAUGCCACGAUCCCAACUACGAUGAGGCGGCUUGCACCGCUCUACAGCAGAAGUGGUAUAAUCCAUUGACUCACGUCUCGUCUUCGUCGUCAAUCAUGCAGGCCUAUUUCACCAAUCAAACCUGCAAUCCCUUCUCCGACAAGAGCACGCCAUGCACACUUGGCAACCACGUCAGCUACGCAGUCAAGGUCACGAAGCCAUCGGAUGUUGCCGCCGCCCUCUUGUUCGCUAAAAAACACAAUAUCCGCCCAGUGAUUCGCAACACUGGUCAUGAUUUCCUCGGUCGCUCAACAGGUGCAGGUGGGCUUGCCAUCUGGACCCAGGGCUUGAAGAACAUCGAAUUUGUUGAUUGGAAGGAACCCGCAUAUACCGGCCGCGCUGUACGUGUGGGAGCAGGCGUUAUCGGAUACGAGAUUCUCGAAGCUGCACACGCGCAAGGACUUACUGUGGUCUCUGGUGAAUGUGCUACUGUCGGACUGGCGGGCGGCUUCACCCAGGGUGGCGGGCACUCCACUUUGAGCACGCAGUUCGGACUUGGUGCUGACCAGACAUUGGCAUAUGAAGUUGUUGUUGCGGAUGGCAGAAAGGUCAUUGCUACGCCCGACCUUAACAAAGACCUCUAUUGGGCUCUCAGUGGUGGUGGCGGCGGCACUUUUGGUGUGGUCACGAGCAUGGUCGUCAAGGCUUAUCCGGCCAGCGAUGUUGGCGGUGCCGCAUUCCAGCUUCUUGCUUCUUCCACAACUCCACAAAUCUUCCAGGACAUCGUCGCCAAGUUCCACGCCGAGCUACCGGCGAUGGUCGACAAUGGGGCAAUGGUGGUGUAUAUUGCUACCAAGAAUUACUUGGUCCUCAAGCCUCUCACCGCAUGGAACAAGACAGCAGCUUAUGUCCAAGACGUCAUACUGAAGCCUUUUACCGACUAUGUCACCUCAAAGGGCAUACAGCUUCCUGUUGCUUACAGCACACUCCCAUACCGCGACCACUUUGCACGAUACCUUGGUCCCUUACCCCAAGGUUCAUUCGAGGUGCAAAGAUAUCAAUUUGGAGGUCGUCUGAUUCCUCGCAGCGUCGUCGAGCAGAAUAACGAUGCCCUCCAGGAUGUUCUGGCCAACAUCACAUCUCAAGGACUACUCCUCGCCGGAAGUGCUGGCUCCUACAAACAGCUGCCCAACACACCCGCCAAUUCCGUCCUGCCAGCUUGGCGUGAUACCCUUAUCCAGCUUCAGAUCAUCUCCAACUGGAAUGCUUCCGGAUCUCAGGAGAAUUCCCAGGCAGAUCAAAGAAGGAUCACCGAAGUUUUCAUGCCUCAAAUCGAGGCUAUCACAUCGGGUAGCGGCUCUUAUAUGAACGAGGCAGAUUUCAGACAGCCAAAUUGGCAACAGCAAUUUUAUGGCUCAAACUACCAGAGAUUGUUGUCAGUCAAGAAGAAGUGGGAUCCUCAGAACCUGUUCUACGUUCUCAAAGGCGUUGGAAGUGAGGCCUGGACUGUGGCCCAAGACGGCGCUUAUGCUUUCAGCGGCAACAAGGAGGGCAGAUCCGUCACCAUCAACCCACCGAACCCAGACGGCGACCCAGCUGGCAGGCAAUGGCGUCGCCACCCAACGCCUGUCCAGUCCGGGAUGUGGAAUCCUGCUGUCGGAUCCAACUACGUGGGCAUGCGGGCCGACACAUGGGCGUGCGUUGGGCUCAUCUAA